CCAGCCGCAAAAGCACAAUGAAAGCUCAAAUGAACGAAGGAGAAGUGGACGAUUUGGACAUUCUUUUGGGGCAAUUGGAAGACUAUGCCUUCCUUGGCAAUGACGAUGGAGGUUCCCAAUUGGACCAGCAUUCCAAGAACACUGCUACAUACCGUGAUCGCUCACCUACUCGGGAGUAUGCAGAUAUCAACUUGCUUGAUAAUGGCGACACUGACAUACAGCUCCUUCAGUAUCGCUCGGAGAGUCGGGAAGAGCUCAAGGCCGGUUAUAAUAAUGAGAUGAUGAACAAAGAACACCGCCAUGCUCUUCCAGAUGAAGAUGUCAAGAAUGGCAGUUUUGGUCAAGACAAUCAAGAGAUCAAAUUCAAUGAUAUUCUGCAAUGGGUGUGGUCGACACAACAGCAGUUACAAACAGUCCAUCUUGGUGAAGUCUCUUCAGUCACUACUGGGACCGCUUCUUAUCCCCAGUAUCCUACACAGAUGCAGGCCUCUUGGCAAACAGAACCAAUCUCACCUCCUACGUCAAAUUUGAUGCUGCCCCCAGCUGAACCACGUAGUUACAGCUCUGCAAGGUCUGAUAGAAGUAAUACCAGUUUAGCCACGAUACCCAGUGCAUCUGAUUACAGUAAUGCCACACUGCCCAGUCAACCGCCUUCGAUUUCUAGUUUUACAUUAUCAGAGAGACUAAGUCGGCCGCCGUCAGAGAAGACGAGUCGCCCGUCAUCCCGUCGUGCUAGCCCGGUUAGAAGCCGGGCAACAAGUCGCGCAUCUAGUCCAAAAUUCUCCCGCAACAACAGCCCAAGGAGAGGUACUUCUACAAAGAGCCCUAGACAGAUCUCUAGUCGAGGUUCAAGCCCAUGCAAGCGAAGAAGCUCGGGUUAUGAAGGUGCUACCCCCAAGCCAACUGCUGCUGAUUCCAGACCAUCAAGCACUGGUUACUCCACAGACGUCAUUGAUGUAAGGGCAUCCAGUAGUACCGAUGCCAAGCCUUCCAGUAGCGCUGAAGUUACACCGGCCAAACUUCCACGGUAUAAGAGACCGAGCCACAUCAAUGCCGAAUACAAGCGCAGAGGAAAGAUAAAGAAAGGAUUUGAGGACCUUCUUGGCCUGGUCCCCACUAUCAAUACCAACGGAAAGGAUACUAAGACGAUUAUGUUGACCAAAUGUACUGAUUACUUGCGGGCGAUGAAGACAGAUUGUAAACGUUACAACAAGGACGUAGAAGCCUUAAAAGCAGAAAUUGAGGAGUUGAAUGUACAAGUGGGGAAAUUCCAAGAGGAAUUGCCUGAAAGUGGUGCCGACGGCAUAUUGCCCAGGAGCGAGGUUGAUGCUGCUUCGAUGGACGACAUGUUCAAUGAAUACGUGGAAAGGGAAACGAAGAGCAAUUGGAAGUUCUGGAUUUUCAGUCUGAUAGUGCGGCCAUUGUUCGAGAGCUACAAGGUGUUUGUCAGUGGUGAGAUCAGGAAUGAGACGUUCUACGACGCUGUGAAUGACUGGGUGAAGAAGCACUGCUCCCUCACUAACCUUAGACCUGGUGCCCUGAAGUCUCUGCGCUAUCUUUGUAAAGUCUCCUCAGUUAUGACCGACCCGGAGAAGCUACCCGAUGAAGCAAUGAAUGCGGUUGUAAAGAAUAGAGGUGCUGCUACCACACACAUAUCAGAUAAGAAAUCAUAGUCCAUGGAGAUUGAGUGGUGUUGGUCUGCUUGAGCUAGUCGAAUGUAAGCCAUGUGAAAUAAGUGAGGAGGGUUGUUCUUUUACCAUGUGAGCUGUGCUGACUUCAUCAUACUUUGGGAACAUUUCUUUAAUCAACCACGCUAACAGCCUCUACCAACAAUCAUUUCGUUUCGAGGCUUAUGUACUGGGCUCCCUUCUGUGUGACUCUCAUCGUCCCUGACCUUGUGCGAUAUGAAAGUAUUAUCCAAAGGAUUAUGUCCGAAGUUUUGGUGCCUUGACUUAGUUUCCGUUUGUCAGAGAUGGCCAACAACCGUUGAUGUAGAUUUGCUCAAACUGUCCACACCUUGUAUAUACGUACUUCUGUAAAAUAUUGGCUGUAAACAGUGUGUAAAUACUUGGAACGUUUUGAUGUGAACUGAAAAGAUAAACUAAAUUGAUCACCUGCAUUGAGUUGGUCAAUAAGGGCAUCUUUUUUUAUUGGUGUAAAUUAUGUGUGGUGUUGAACUCGUCAACUUUAAAAUAUUUUUGGAAAUUAAUAGCAUUUUUUAUUAGCUAUAACGGAUUUGUUUGCUAUUUUUGCAUAGAGUAGAUUAAGCUUCUGACUGCCUUUCAGAGAUGUACAUGGACCUUAUUUUGUUUCUAAUCCUGUCUUUCCAUCCCUUUUGAUACAUUGAUGUACAACAUCAUUGUACAGUAUGGUGCACUACUGCACAUGUAUUAACUCCGUCAGUUUCGUGACGACUCCUUACUGAUUUUACAGUUGGACAUUCUUUUCUGGUACAUUUCGCUGAGGUCAUAUUUGAUCCCAUCUGAGUUUGGAUGAUUCUUUUUCAUCUAUGUUAUGUUGUCAGGGCAAUUUAACAGUACACUGUUUGAGAUAAAGAUGAUGCAACUCUUCCAAAGAGGUUUUAUUCAUAGGAAAUCAGUAAGAUUAUUUUAUACCGGUCUUUCAUAAUCGAGGUGUAUUUUCUUAAUUUGGUGCGCAACUGCAAAUAAAUAUUUGAAAAUGAGCAAAGUGUCUUCUUCAGUUUUAUCUGUAAAACUUUCACCUUAUGAUGUCGAGGGUUCUGAUGUAACACAUGAUCAACUUUAUCGACAGCCAGUUGCCUGGGCUCCCUUCAU